UCUCCUUACUCUCUGAAUUUAUCAGUCUCCCCCUUUCCUGUGAGAGGACCACCCGACAGUUAGUUUUACCGACCAUGAAACUUAUCAAGAUCCUCAAAAAGAGUAUAAGAGAGCACAAAACAGAGAGCUUUGGAGAGUCCAAGAAAAAGAUUACGACUUCCAAAAUGCAUCUCAUCACAAGUGGGGAACAUGGCGGGAUUGUUUAAGUAUUUCUUCUCAUCCACUGUAUAUGUGUCUCCUUCAUUUUUCCCGAGACAAUUGGGUCCCUUUUCCGUGGAGAAAUCAUGGACAUGCAUGAAUCUGUGCCUAUAUUUGUGAUUGUGCUUUGUAUUGGGGUGCAUACAAACGUGAAAUUAGGGCUUGGGUUGGCUUCUUGCUGAGUAUUUUAGCAAUUUUGGAAAGAAAUUAGUCAAAUUUCAUGGUUGUUUCUUGCUUGUGAGAUAAAUUCGUUUUUGGGCUUUGUUUUCUUAGUUUGAUUCCUGAUGUUUUGCUGAGAGAGGAAUGGUGGUGGCACAAAUGUGAAGAAUUCCCAAAUCUGCAUUUUUUUCUGGAUUAAAAUUUACGUAUAAGGUGAAUUUUGGGAAAUCACAGUAGUAGUGUGUGAGUGAAAAAAAUGCCCUUUAUAUCCAUUUUAAGAGAUCUCAAGGGGAAAGGGGGGAUAGAUGAGAAGGUAGAGCAGGAAUGUGGGUUGGGGGAGCGUAGGAGCUUCGAUUUUAGUGUUGAGGGCUCGUCUUCCUCAUGUCCGGUGGUGGAGCAGAGCCGGUGGGCCAGCUUGCCACUGGAGUUGCUUCUUGAUAUCAUUGGUAGAGUAGAGGCUGAUGAGACUACGUGGCCUGCUCGGAGAGCUGUGGUGUGUUGUGCUGCUGUUUGCAGGUCGUGGAGGGGGGUAGUUAGGGAGGUUGUUCAGACUCCUGAAGAAUGUGGUUUGCUCACUUUCCCUAUGUCUCUGAAGCAGCCUGGACCAAGGGAUUCUUUGAUUCAAUGCUUCAUUAGAAGAGAAAGGGAAACAUCGACUUAUAGAUUAUACCUCGGCUUAAGCCCCGCUAUUUCAGGGGAUGCAAGUAAGUUUUUGUUAGUAGCAAAACGGAUCAAAAGAGCUACGAAAACAGAUUUUGUCAUAUCUUUUGCUGCAAAUGAUAUUUCUCACACCAGUGAAUAUUAUGCAGGCAAACUGAGGUCCAACUUCUUUGGAUCCAAAUUCUACGUUCACGAUUCUCAGCCUCCGUGCAACGCUCCAAUCCAAUCUCACGGUUGGUCGAGGAAAAGAAUUUCCCCAAAGAAGGUGGCACCAAGAAUACCUAUUUGCAACUUUAAUGUUGCAACUGUUGCUUACGAACUUAAUGUUCUGCGUACAAGAGGACCAAGAAGGAUGAACUGCACGAUGCACAUGAUUCCGGUAUCAUCAACUCAAGAAGGUGGAAGUGCUCCCACUCCUGCAACAUUUAGUUAUGGUCUUGAUGAUACUUUUAGCCCCUUCACACCUUCCGUAGGGAGAGGACAGGAUUCUGCUUCCGAUGUCCCUAUCAGUGGUAAAUGCAGCAGCAUUGGUAAACAACUCAUUUUGAAGAACAAAAUUCCGAGAUGGCAUGAGCAGCUGCAGUGUUGGUGUCUGAACUUCAGAGGGCGUGCUACAGUGGCAUCGGUCAAGAACUUUCAGCUCGUAGCUUCCGGCGAGCCAUCAGCGAACGUUCCAUCCCCGGAACAAGAGAGCGUGGUCUUGCAAUUUGGGAAGAUAGGGAAAGACAUAUUUACCAUGGACUAUCAAUAUCCUCUCUCUGCCUUCCAAGCUUUCGCUAUCUGUUUAAGCAGCUUUGAUACGAAACCAGUAUGUGAGUAGUUUUUUUCUGUUUUAAGUACGGCCUCCGAGAGUGCCGUCCAUGGAAAUAGAUAUGACUGUGUAUUCUUUUAGGUCCUUAUUUCCUUGAAGAAGGUACCUUGCAGUCACCCUUCAUAAGCUUAAUAUGUGUUGCUCAUGUAGAAAAUCAGGUUGUAAAAGUAAGCUAUUUCAAAGUGCUUUGUUAAUAGUGACUAUGGCAAAUGUUGGUUUAUUUAUUCACAUAUGAAAUGUUUACAAGCAAGUGUUGGUUCAA